GAGCCCGGGCAUCGCGCCCCAGAUGCAGGACACGCUGCGCCUCGCGGUCGGGCUGCCCCUGGUGCUCUUGCUCCACGGCUUGGCCGUGGCCCCUGCCGUCCUCGCCCUCGAGGCCCUCCACGAGUGGUGUGGCGAUCGGCGGGCGAUGUGGUGGCUGCUGGCGCCAGUGCUGUUCCGGCACCUGACGGCCUUCAGCUUCGUGGCGCUCACGGUGCUGCAGAAGCGCGCCGUGGUGGGCCGCCUGGGGCCCGGGCCGCUGCCGUCGAAGGAGCAGACCUGGGCGAGCCAGUGGGACGCUUUCCGCUCUUGGCUGCACGAGCAAGCCAUCAGCGCUCGCAUGUACGACACGGCCGCAGACAUGCUCGUGGGCACAGAGGGGCUGAGCGUUAUCUACCGUCUUCUCGGCAUGAAGGUCGGCCGUCGAGUUCAGAUCGACAAUUUCUUCUGUGCGGACCCAGACUGCGUCAUCAUAGAAGACGACGUUGUCUUCGGUUCCGUGGUGUCGGUGUGGUGCCAGAGCGACGAUGCCAGAGUGGAGGUCCGGUUUCACCGGGGAUGCAAUGUCCUGGACCACUGCUGCGUCUUGUCCGGCAGCCGGAUCGGCGAGCGUGCGGUGCUGGGCUCUGCCACGUUGGCACCGCAGGAUGGCUACUUCCCACCAGAGAGCAUCAGCACGGGCCAGGUUGGAGGAAAGCCCGUGCGGCUGCGAUUCCAGGCCGCCUCAGAGGAGGCGUCGGCCAACGAGCGCGAAGCGAUGCGCCGCCUCAACUCGGACGUGCAGUUCUGGGGGUUCAAUAUGGUGCUCGCUGGCUGCGCGCUGGUUUGCGCCCCCCUGCCUCAGUAUGUCUGGCUGGCCACAUAUGCGCUGCAUGGUUGCGUCUCUGGGUCUGCUGGCUGGUUGAUUGCACUGGCCGUUCUCCCGAUCGUCUUCUUCGCAGUGAAUCUUUCCACGUUGUGUUUGAACUGGGCCCUCAAGUGGUGCUUGGUCGGAAGGUACGAGGAAGGAGAUUACGCGUUCUUCAGCCGCUACCACAUCAUCUGGAUGGCGAUGCUUAUCAUUGCGGGCGCCAUGGAGGACACGCUCGAUGCGUUGGCCGGAACCCUGUUCAAAGCCUGGUACUACCGUGCUAUGGGGGCUACCGUUGGAAAAAACUGCUGCCUGUUCGGCCUCGCGUUCGAGUACGACCUGCUCCACAUCGGAGACUGCUCCUCGGUCGGCUGGGAAUGCGACACGACCUGCCACACGGUGGAGAACAUGGUGAUCAAGUUGGUGCCCACGUACCUGGGGGCUUACACGUCCAUGCUGUCCCACUCGAUGGUGAGCCCGGGCGCUGUCACGGGCGACGGGUCCGUCGUGCUCGAGAACAGCCAGGUGCUCAAGGGCGAGCAGGUGCCGCCCGACGAGGUCUGGGCCGGCCUGCCCGCCACGAGCUGCGGCCGCGCCGGCGCCGCGGCCGUGCCGCCGGGCCCCGAGCUGUUCGGCCCGCAGGACGCCGACGAGCCGCCGAGCGUGGG